GCCAGACAGGCGGGAUCCUCCCCCGGCCCCGCCCCCUCGCGCCGGGCGCGCAUGCUCAGCCGGGGCCGGGGGAAGCGGGGACGCCGUGCACCGCCGGCAGUGCUGCCCCAUGGCGGUGUCGAGCCUGACUCGGGCCUUGGGGGCCCUGCUGCUGUCUUCUGCGCCGAGCCUCCCGCAGAGAGCCCAACCUCCCAGGCUGGUCUGCCUUGGGGGCAACCUCCUCCCUCCGUGCCAUGGAUUCAGCACUUCCUCCACCCUCUCCACCAACGACCCCAUGUGGAAAUGCAGGAUCAAAUACACCACCAGACCCAUUGGCAUGAAAAAGACAGGUGGCCGUGAUCACACAGGUCGUAUCGCUGUGCAUGGGAUCGGCGGGGGGCACAAGCAGCGCUACCGCAUGAUUGACUUCCAGCGGCUGCGCUAUGUACCUGGGGCCGAGUCCGGCCCCUACGAGGAGAAGGUGAUCCAGGUCCGCUACGACCCCUGCAGGUCGGCUGAUAUCGCCCUGGUGGCUGGCGGCAAGCAGAAACGCUGGAUCAUUGCGACAGAAAACAUGCAGCCUGGUGACCUCCUCAAAACCUCAGGGCACAUAGGCAGGAUGGCAGUCUCUGCCAAUGAGGGGGAUGCAUACCCAUUGGGAGCUCUGCCUGUGGGGACCCUGAUCAAUAACCUGGAAAGCCACCCUGGGAAAGGAGCGCAGUACAUCCGAGCAGCAGGGACCUGUGGGGUGUUGCUAAGGAAGGUGAAUGGAACGGCCAUCGUGCAGCUGCCCUCUAAAAGACACAUGCAGGUGCUGGAGACCUGCCUGGCCACCGUGGGGCGAGUUUCCAACGUUGACCACAACAAGCGGAUCAUUGGGAAAGCCGGCCGGAACCGCUGGCUGGGGAGGCGCCCGCACAGUGGCUUAUGGCACCGCAAGGGCGGCUGGGCGGGACGCAAGAUCAAACCACUCCCACCCAUGAAGAGCUACGUCAACCUGCCCACCGCAGCAGCUCGGGCUUGACACCUGGCACCCGCCCCCAAUGGCUCUCAAUAAAAUCAGCCCCUCAGCUCUCA